AUGCUUUCCGCGUCCGUCAAGCAUAAAAAGUUAAAAAUAGUUAUCAGAUGAAUUUGUAUCAAAUUUAUUUUAAGUAUAUGCAAUUUUUAGUAUGAUAUGAGGAUGAUUUUUAACAAAGUCAAGCCCCAUUGACAUUUGUGAAAUUGUAGACGUUUUGAUGUGGACGAGGACCCGUGUCAGGCUAGGCAAGGAGUCAAAUCAGUUUAACACGUGUUCGCAAAGAGGACGGACGUGUUGCAAAAAUCUUGCGCGUGUUCACAUUGGCCUAGUACAUGUACAACUGUACAUAUUGUAUGUGUACAUCGAUUAUGUAUGGCCUAACGUUACUGUGUCGGCCAUAAACAGUACCUGUACAUACAUCCCAUUAGGACUGUUCUUAUUUAAAUUUUGUUUCUUCACUUGGAUUUUGAGUAUGGGGGGAACAAGCAAGGUGAAAGGAAGAAGAAGGUCGAAGAGAGGAAGUACGCGAGGAGAAAGGAAAGGGCUGAAGGAAUUGGCCAAGGAAACCAAGAAGCCUGGUCAAAGUAAGGAAGGUAGACGGAAAAGUAGUGAUAAGGGGCAAGAGACAGGGGAUGGACAGUCAAAGUACUCAGUACAGCAGCUGUUGGCCCAGGCAACAGACUGCAUGGAUACAUUUAACUUCGACCUGGCACAGAAAUUUCUUCAGAGGGCAUUGGAGAUUGAGCCAGACAACCUGCAGGUAUUAGAGGUCACUGGGAGUCUCUUGAUUGAAGUUGGUGAACUUGAGAAGGCCAAACAAUGCAUGGGUAGAGCCAUCGUCUUGUCCCCUGAGUCUGGCUAUUCUAAGUACAUGUACAUGGGGCAACUAUUUGAAGGUGAAGAGGCAGUGCAAUAUUUUGUGAAAGGAAUCGAGCUGAUGGAGAAAGAAAGAGAGAAACAAGACAAGCAGCCUGAAGCAGCCUGUGCUGAGGAGGAUUCACAAACUGAUCCAGUAACCGAUGGAGAUAUUGCUCGAGCUUAUUGCUCCAUGGCAGAAAUUUAUCUGACGGAUUCAUGUUUUGCUGAAGAUGCUGAGGAGAAGUGCAAAGAAUGUAUAGAUAAGGCUAUUGAUACAGAUAGUGACAGUGCUGAAGCCUACCAGGUCCUUGCUAGCUAUUGGUUGAGCAAGGAAGACAAAGAGCAAGCUAAGAAGUCAAUUGAGAAGAGUCUGUCGCUAUGGCUUCCAAAAAUGAAGGCCCUAGAAGAGGAAGAAGUGAACAUGGAAGGUUCAAACUUUGAUCCAGUCAAUCCCUGCCCGUUAAACUACCAGAAUCGGAUUGGCACAGCUAAAAUCUUGAUGGAGCUGGAAAUGAAUGAACAAGCAGAGGAGAUCUUGGAAGGACUUCUUCAGGAAGAUGAUCAGGUUGUGCAAGUUUGGUAUAUGCUGGGCUUGAUAAAUGUGGAGAAAACUGGAGAGGAUCAUAAAGCACCUGCAAGAUUCUUCUUGAACAUGGCUAAAAAGCUGUAUCAGAAGAUCAAGUGUGAUGAUGAACAGGUUCUUCUACACACAGAGGAACUUCUAGCUCUCCUUGGACCUGGGGAGGGGCUAGAUGAAUCUUGGCUUAGGCAUCGAGGGGAGUCAUCAGAGAGUGACGAUACUGAGGAAGAUGUACUGAGCACAGAUGAUGAGAAAGAACAGACUGGGGAAACAGUUACAGAUGGAGAAAAGAAAGGGAUUGGAGAAAAAGAAGAAAAAAUGGAGCACUAAGGAGUACAAUAGAAAAUAUGAGAAGCUCAGGUUUUUGUCAACCCACUCUGUCCUCCAUCUUUCCAUUUGUUCUCCUAUUAGUGUCUUAACUGUUCUCACUGCUGUGUACAGUGACAUUUACAGCUAAUUUAUUUUUAGUGACAACUAUUCCUACAUACAUGUAUCAUUCAGUAAUACGGAAAUUGUGACAUCAGAAGAAUUGUCUGAUGGCCUGGCAUAGUCAUGGCAGAUACAUUCAUCAAUGCUUGGAGCGCUGUCAAGAUAGUAUGCAACCAAAGUAAUGCAAGAUUUUUUAAUAUUUUUCAAACAUUUAUGUGGGAGAUCAGCAGUGUUUACAAGUGCAUGUUGCUGUCAUCGUUAUAGUUCCACGUUUUAAGUUCAUUGCCACAGAUUAUGCACUAAGGAUCCCCUCACUUUAUCUGUUGUUGGUGGAUGUCAAUAUUUAUACAUAUGUAUAGAUGUUCUUAAAAUUUAUUGCUUUGUACAAAAGCUGUAUACAUUUGUAUUUAUGGCAGUGUGCAGGUAUGGCUCCUAACAUGCCCAAGUUCAAAAAAGUAGGUUCCGUUAUGUUAAUUAUGAAGCAAUGAUGAUAUUCAUAAUUAUGACAGAGUAAAUAGGUCCUCACAGAAUACAGGAGGUAAUAGUAAGUGUUGCAGUGCAUUUUCUGUAUUGGUAGGACUGUCUCUUUCUGAAAUGGUGGAUGGGUGCCAAAUUCUUGUGGAGAUAGUAGGCUUUAAAUACCACAAUGUCGUCUUGGAAUAUUUUGAUACAUGUAGGUUCACCAUUCAUUUUUUGAAUGAUUGACUUGUUUUGUGAAAGACUCGUUUUGAAAAUAAGACACACUUGAAUUCAACUGGCAGGAACUGGAGACAUUUUUGGCUCACAAAAAGGCAUCAAGUUUAACCAUUUUGAAAAUUAACUCUGCAAGAUUUCAGUUCUCUAUGGAUUUAAUAUGGAGACUGCUUUUUAUACAUACAUGUAUGCCUUUCGUUACAUUUUACCCAAGAAUUGUAAACACAAGCUGGUAUAUGUAUAAAAGAAAUGUGUAAUGCUUUGUUUCACCAAAUAAAACCCUGAACAUGACA